CCUACCCACGUCUUCAACGCCCUCAAACGCUUCACCUCCUGUGAUGUCGGCGACGCCCUCGUAAAACUGAACGUCAGAUACGGCGGCUACCUCCAUGGCCUCAAGAUGUUCUCUCCCCACCAACAAGCCGGCACCACAAAACUCUUUGGCCCAGCCUAUACAGUGCAAAUGGUUGAUGCUGCCGACACUUCGUCUCCCAAGCCUUCUGGCCAUUUCGUCGAUGGAGUUACGGAAGGAAGUGUGGUGUUUAUCUCACAGCCCCAGGGGUUUUACUCUGCUUGUUGGGGUGGCUUGAUGUCCACGCGAGCAAAGUAUCUAGGUGCCCAAGGUGUGGUUGUAGAUGGCAAUUUUAGGGAUUUGAAUGAGCAUAGGGAGAUGCAAUUUCCAGUUCCUUUGGGAUCCAAUACUUUUACUAGAGCGAGUGGGCUCAAUGUGCCUGUGCAGUUUACGAGUGAUGAGCAACAAAGGCCAUUAACCAUCAAUCCUGGAGACUUGAUCCUGGCUGAUCUGGAUGGCGUGGUUGUUGUCCCAGUCGAGCAUGCCGAGCAGUGCUUGCAGAUUUGCGAAGAAAGAUUUGAGAUUGAUGAGAAAACGAUGGCUGCACUACAAGCUGGAGAACCUAUGGGUACGACUCUUGCUCGUUUGAGAAAG